AUGGCUUCCGCUCUCAAGCUCGGAACCUCUACUCUGCGUUCCUCCAUUGCCGCUAAGCCGGCUGUGCAGUCCGCUGCCUUCAACGGUCUGCGCGCCUACUCGACUGGCAAGGCCAAGUCCCUCAAGGAGACCUUCGCCGACAAGCUCCCUGGUGAGCUUGAGAAGGUCAAGAAGCUCCGGAAGGAGCAUGGCAACAAGGUUAUUGGCGAGGUCACUCUUGACCAGGCCUAUGGUGGUGCCCGUGGCAUCAAGUCCCUCGUGUGGGAGGGUUCCGUCCUAGACUCUGAGGAGGGUAUCCGUUUCCGUGGCAAGACCAUCCCCGAGUGCCAGGAACUCUUGCCUAAGGCUCCCGGUGGUCAGGAGCCUCUCCCUGAAGGUCUCUUCUGGCUCCUCUUGACCGGUGAGGUCCCCUCUGAGCAGCAGGUUCGUGACCUGUCUGCUGAGUGGGCUGCCCGCUCCGACCUCCCCAAGUUCCUCGAGGAGCUCAUCGACCGCUGCCCCAACACCCUCCACCCCAUGGCCCAGUUCUCUCUGGCUGUGACUGCCCUUGAGCAUGAGUCCGCUUUCGCCAAGGCCUACGCUAAGGGUAUCAACAAGAAGGACUACUGGAACUAUACCUUCGAGGACUCGAUGGACCUCAUCGCCAAGCUGCCCACCAUCGCCGCCAAGAUCUACCGCAACGUCUUCAAGGACGGCAAGGUCGCCCCCAUCCAAAAGGACAAGGACUACUCCUUCAACUUGGCCAACCAGCUCGGCUUCGGCAACAACAGUGACUUCGUUGAGCUUAUGCGCCUGUACCUGACCAUCCACUCUGACCACGAGGGUGGUAACGUUAGCGCCCACACUACCCACCUUGUCGGUAGUGCUCUGAGCUCCCCCAUGCUCUCUCUUUCUGCCGGUCUCAACGGUCUCGCUGGUCCUCUCCACGGAUUGGCUAACCAGGAGGUGCUCAACUGGCUCACAAAGAUGAAGCAGUCCGUCGGCAGUGACCUCAGCGACCAGUCCAUCAAGGACUACUUGUGGUCUACCCUCAACUCCGGCCAGGUCGUCCCCGGAUAUGGUCACGCCGUCCUCCGUAAGACUGACCCCCGUUACGUCUCUCAGCGUGAAUUUGCCCUCCGCAAACUGCCUGACGACCCCAUGUUCAACCUGGUCAGCCAGGUCUACAAGAUCGCUCCUGGCGUUCUGACUGAGCACGGCAAGACCAAGAACCCCUUCCCCAACGUCGACGCUCACUCCGGCGUCCUCCUCCAGUACUACGGCCUGACUGAGGCCAACUACUACACCGUCCUCUUCGGUGUCUCCCGUGCUCUGGGUGUCCUUCCUCAGCUGAUCAUUGACCGUGGUCUCGGUGCCCCCAUCGAACGCCCCAAGUCUUUCAGCACUGAGGCUUUCGCCAAGCUUGUCGGUGCCCAGCUGUAA